UUUUUUUUUUUUUUUUUUUUUUUUUUUGUGUAAAUACUUAUUUUUUUUUCUUCUUAAAAAAAUAUACAUAUCAACGGGAGAAUAUCGAAAAAGAGAACUAAAGAAAAAGAAACCAAAUAAACAAGCAAAUGGCUCAAAAAGCAAAUAGUCAUGAUAACCCUCAAAAGAAACAUCGUCAAGGUGGUUUGCCAGUGUCUAUUCAUCCCGACGAUGCCAAAGAUAAAGUGUUUACCGCCAUUUUGAAGGCAUUAUUAAAGAUGGGAAAUAAACCAAGCUCACCAAAAGAGCUCGCAAAUAUUAUUGUUAAACAUAAAUAUGCUACACUCGGUGGUGCUACACCAUUUGCUACUGUUUCUUCUCGUAUAUCUCAGCAUUUUAAAAGAGCGGCCGAACACAAUCCACCUAGAGCCCCUCUGCUGGCAAAACAUGUUGAUCAAAAUCACUCGAGAAAGAUUAAUUAUUCAUUAGCUACAGGUGAAAACGCCGCAGCAUCUAACGCCGCCACUCCAUCCUCUUCGUCGUCAACAGCAGAACCACAUGAUGAAAACAAAAACAAUACCGCAGCAAAUAUCAACAAUGUGAUUGAGCCAAAUUUCAUUGAGGACCCUUCUCGUACAAAUAGUAAGACACGAAGACCUACUACAUCCUCGUCUCCACAAGAACAACAACAAAAGAUAUCACGAAAAGCACAAGAGGUAGAUGAAGAAGAAGAGGAAGAGGAAGAGGAAGAAGAGGAAGAAGAAGAGAGUGAUCUAGAUGAAGAUGAUGAAGAAGAGGAAUCAGUUGUCUUUCAUCAAUCAAAAAAGCAUAAAUCUGAACAUUUAUCACCAGCACCACCAAUAUCGCCGUCUAUUCAUCCAAUUCAACAAGAACCAAGACCAUCUACUAUUGAAGGCUAUCAUCAAAUACAACAACAUCACGAACAUUCUGAAGAACAGGGAAAAGACCAUCAUGAUAAUGUAUCUGAAGACGAAAGUGAUGGAGAACACUCAGAUUACCAUGAAGAGAUGUUACAAGGCGACGAAGAUUUAGAUAUUUUAGCAGCUAGAAGAUUAUCUAGGAGACAGUCAACAGCCAUGAGCAAUAAGACCAAGUCCAACAUUAAUAAAAUUAUCAAUGCAAUUAAUAAUCAUGCAGCUACGCCUAAUUUAACUUUUCAUCAUCCUCAUGAACCUUCACCGAACGCUCCCACACCACCACCAAAAGAUGUUACCAUCACACCUACACCUGCUAUUACAGAUAUAGUCCCAACUACACCGCCCAUAGAAUCAAAACCAAUAACUCAUCAAUCAUUACAAUUACCACCCUCAUCCCCAGCAUCUAACAAUGUAACAAAUAUCAGAAAGCCUUCAUUUUCGUUCAGUAGCGGUUAUCCUGGUGAUCAAGAACUCUGGACUCCAUUUAGUUUUGAACAUGAUUUUGAUAAUGUGUUUUUACAAGAUGCUUCGACUGCUCAUCAUAUUCCAUUUAAUAUUGCUACUCCCGAAUCAGUGUCUGUAUCCGAGCUAGAUAAUUAUUUCUCUAGUACAUCUUCGUCGUCCACAUCCUCAUCUUCAACUAAUCGAUCACAAAGAAAGAGUUUUUCCUCAGCAAUGUUGGGUCCCAAUGAUAAAUCAUUACUACAAAAGGUACUUUUAGCUAGUGCAGCUAGAGGUGUAGCCGAUAAAAUCGACGAAGAGGAUGAAGAAGAGGAUACUUCAAGACAAGAUAAACCUAAAGAAAAGGAGAAAGUAAUUGCAGAAGAACCGUCGAUUAAAUCAUCUUUCAGUAGUUCAAGUCUAAUGAAUGUAGACAAUGGUGAAGAUUUUGUCAAAUUUGAAGAUGACGAAAAGAAGGAAAGCCCAACAUUACUACCAACUCCACCAAAGAAAGUACCCGAGAUAUUGCCAGCCACUGCUGCUGUUACUGCUGCACCAACGAAUAGUGCUGUUGCACCUACUACGACUAAUACUAAUCUAAGUGCUGCCGAAAUAUUGAAAUCCAUGAAUAUUCAAAAUCUAAACUUAUCUGCCCUGCAUCAGAUGACAUCCAACAUCCCUAGUUUGCAGCAUUUAUCUCCCACAUUCGAUUUAGCAAAGACUAUGGCUGCUUAUAUGCAAUCUUUGGCAAAAUCUGCUAAUGCAAAUGCUUCAUCAUCGUCUUCCACCACAAAUUCGCCUCAUGCCAUGGAUUUAAAAUCAAUUUUGACACGAUUUCCUGCACUGGAAGCAUUUAUUAAAAAGGAUCCUGUUGUCACUACGCCUCCCCCUCCGACUCCUCAACCUCCACCAUUGGUAUCCGCAUCAAAGGAUUUUGUUCCUAAUUUAAUUAGUGCUACUGAACCUGUUGUCCAUACCUUAACGCCAAUGACACCGCCCAUGUAUAUCACAUUAAUUGACCAUAUUGCGGUCUGUAUUGUUGUUUUAGCAAAGACUGAAACAACACCAGAGUAUCGUAUUAUGCGCCGUGUAGAUACUGGAUUUAUUAACGGUACUGUCUUAUUAACAGCAGGAGGAAUUGAAACAGAGAGUGAACGCAGUAUGAUUUUAUCUUUUGAAAUGGAACGUGUACGUAUGCCUAAGAAGAAAUCACAACUUUUCGGUACUUGGAUUCCACUUAGAAGAGCCCAAGAAUUAGCUGUCACUUGUUCCAUUCAACAUAAAUUAGGUCACUUUUUGGAGGAUUCGAUUGAGUCGUAUUUUCCCAAUCCUUUGCCGAUUCAAGUCAAUACAAGAAAACCGCAUAGAGAUAGUCGAUUAACUGCAUUGGCUUUAGCUGCUUUACGCUCCGACAAUUCUAAAUCAAAUGGAUUCAUCGUACCCCCCAUUUCUCGACAAUCGUCUUCUUCUGGAAGUAUGGGCGCAGCACAAUUACAAGAACUCUUGUUAACACAUCCCAAUAAAGCCUUAAAGUCCAAUGGCUUAGCAAAAGCUCCGUUGUUGGGGCGUUACGAUGAACCAGAACAAAAAUCUGUACCUGCAUCCACAACUCCAUCUGUAGCUAAUAGUACGAAUAGCAGUACGAGUGGGAAAGAUGAAAGCGAUGUCGAUAUUGUCAAUAGUAGUGACUCUUCCGUCGCGGCAUCUUCAUCAAAUGAAGAAGAAUCUGAAUCAGAGGAUGCAAACACCACCACUGAUUUAGAGGAAAUAAUGAACCGUGUAUCCAACAAACAGCCUUUACAUAUCCAUCCUCGUGAUCUUCAAAAAAAGCGAAGAAGAAGUAUAAAACCUGAAGAUGAUCCCGAAUCCAAACUACCAAAAGUUGCCCGAAAGAAAUCCAGCCUGACAAAUACUCCAACUACAGGUGGCGGUAAAUGGUCAAGUAACAAUAGUAGCUCUGGUAGCACGGCAAAACCAACAACAGUUGCUACAGCAACUCCAAGCACGAAGAAACCAUCGACGAUCAUUAUUAAGAAAUCAAUGACGGGUGGCAAAAAGGCAACUAUAAAAAAGGAAGAUGAAGAAAUAGAUAAUGUUGUAGUUGAGCAUAAGCCGACUGUCGAGACGUCUAUCAAGCCAGAGGCACCGUUAAAGUUGGAGACUCCAUCACCAGAACCAGUGAAAGAGGAACCGGAAGAAGAAGAGCAUGCGGAUGAAGAUGACGAGGAUGAAGACAUUGAUAUUGGUGGCAGUGACUUUGAUGAUGACCUUCGUUAAAACACACCUCCUUUUUCAUAUUUAUUAACCAAAAAUUAUACACAUAUUUUAUAUCUCUCUCUCUCUCUCUCUCUCUCAGACACACACUCCUCUUUUUUUUUCAUGUAUACUCUUGUUGUAUCACCCUCUCUUUCUCUUUUGUAAAUUAAAGUUUUUUAUCAUUGGACGUGUCUUGUUUGUAUAAGGGGUCAGCGUUUAUUGUCUAAAUGCAAGAGUAGUAGAAAAUAUUAAGCUCCCUAUUGUCACACAUGCGUGCCAAAUUCCCCCGCAUAAACUCCCUGACUUUGUAGGAGCUUUUUUUUUUGAGCUCUAAUUAAAUGUAUAAAAAGAACAAAGAAUACUUGAAAGUUACACUUUUUUUUUCCUUUUCUUUAUUUCCAAGAAAUAAUGAUUCUCUUUGCAGUUGUACUUCUUU